UUUAUAGUCAGACAGUUUGCUGACACUCAGUCGAAAGGACCGUCUGUUCUUCUCGUCAACUCAUUUGGAUAUUUUGACUCUAUUCCCAUUUCUCUUUCUGCCUGCACCAAUUUGGAUACGAAACUUUGUUUUUGCUAGCAUUUCGUGCUGGGAAACCAUCACCAAAAGCUCCUCGUCAACCUCUUCGAUAGUCUUUAUCGAAAAAAGUGUUUCUCAGUGUGCGUGUGUUACUUUGUUGAAUUAACCAUUCUUGUGUACCAGUGAAGUCGUGCUGCUCCUGGUGUCUGUCUCGUGUGUGUGUGUGUGAAUUUCGUGCGUUUUCCCUCCGGGUUUCGACGCCGACGUCAAGAAAUUCGUCCGUCGCCAUGGCGGCCAAUCGAAGCUCAGCAUCCGACCGUUUCCUCGUUUUCGUCCUGACAAUUCUGGCAUUCUAUUCCGGUGCGUGUGUUGGCGAUGGUUCCGCGACAGCGGCGGCCAGUUCGUCAUCACUGUCCGGCCCUGUUUUCUUGAAAGAACCAUCCAACCGAAUUGACUUUUCCAACACUACUGGCACGGUGGUCGAAUGCGCUGCUACGGGUAAUCCUCGUCCGGAGAUCCUGUGGAUUAAAGCUGAUGGCAGUCCCGUCACGGACGUACCCGGACUCAGACAGGUUCAAACGUCGGGCAGCUUGGUGUUCCCACCGUUCCGGGCCGAAGAUUAUAAACAGGAGGUUCACGCCCAGUUCUACCGAUGCGUAGCCCGCAACUCGGCCGGCUCAAUCGUCUCCCGAGACAUCCACGUCCGAGCAGUCGUCCAAUCCAGUUACGUCAUUGAAGUCAACAAUGAGCACGUCAUCCUGGGCAAUUCGGCAAUGCUGAAAUGCACCAUCCCAUCAUUUGUAACGGAUUUCGUCCAUGUGGCUUCUUGGACGAUACUGGACGAGCGUGGAGAACUCGCUAAUCUCGAUACCCAGUCAUCGGAUGGCAAGUACAUGGUUCUUCCCAGUGGCGAGUUGCAUAUUCGGGAUGUUUCGCCGGAAGAUGGAUACAAAUCUUAUCGAUGCCGGACUAAACAUCGUCUAACUGGCGAGACCCGCCUCAGCGCCACAGCCGGUCGUCUAGUCGUCACCGAACCGAGUUCAAAUGUCGCACCUCGUACAUCCGGCCGCAAAAUCGAAGGCAGUUUAAUCGCCGUAGCUGCCAUCCAGCGUCAAGCUUAUCUUACCUGUGAUGUUACUGCUUUCCCAGUGCCUAUCUUCAGAUGGUACAAAUACGUGGAAGGAAGCACAGCCAAGCAGCCGGUCAAACUGGACGACCGCGUCAAACAAGUCAGCGGCACUCUCAUCAUCAAAGAGGCUAAAGUGGAAGACUCGGGCAAAUAUUUGUGCAAUGUCAAUAAUUCCGUCGGCGGUGAGAGCGUCGAGACUGUUCUAACCGUAACAGCUCCCUUAUCGGCCAGCAUUGAACCGCAAGUCCAGACAGUUGAUUAUGGCCGUCCGGCUACAUUGACCUGCAACCCAGAAGGCAAUCCCAUCAAAUCCAUCAGCUGGAUGAAGGACGGAGUCGCUAUGAGUCAUACCGACAACGUAUUGAGAAUUGAACAAGUGCGCCGCGAAGACAAGGGCAUGUACCAAUGCUUUGUUCGUAACGAUCAAGAGAGCGCCCAGGCUUCAGCGGAACUCAAACUAGGAGGAAGAUUCGAUCCGCCUCAGUUCCUAAGCACCUUCGCCGAACGGACCCUUCAACCCGGACCCAGUGUCUCCCUCAAGUGCUCUGCUUCGGGAAAUCCAUUACCGGAAAUCUCAUGGGAACUGGAUGGAAAGAAAAUCUCAUCGUCCGAGAGGGUUCAAAUUGGUCACUUUACGGCCGGAACCAACGAAGUCGUCUCCUAUCUCAACAUCACGGCAGUUCACACUAACGAUGGCGGCUUGUACAAAUGCUCCGCUUCCAGCAAAGUCGGACACGCCGAUCACUCUGCUCGUUUCAACGUUUACGGAUUACCUUUCGUCAGACCUAUGGAUAAAGUGGCUGUUGUGGCUGGUGAAACGAUGAUGGUUACGUGCCCCGUAGCUGGAUACCCAAUUGACACCAUUCAGUGGGAGAAAGGUGGCCGUGUUUUGCCCGUCAACCGACGCCAACAAGUUUUCCCCAAUGGCACGUUGAUCAUCGAGAACGUCCAGCGAUCGCUUGAUCAAGGCUCCUACACCUGCAUAGCUAAAAAUACGCAAGGAUUCUCCGCCAAAGGAAACCUCGAAGUUCAAGUCAUGGUUGCGCCACAGAUCGCUCCGUUCUCGUUCGGUGACGACGAAGCUCUCAACGCUGGUGAUUUCGUAGUGGUUCAAUGUUCGGCCGUUAAAGGCGAUUCGCCAAUAAGCCUUCGCUGGGCAUUCAAAUCGCGACCUUUAGCUUCCGAUUCGCCCAUUACUGGACUUACGAUCAACAGUUUGGGCGAUAGAAUUUCCGUGUUGUCGAUCCAAUCAGUGGCGGCCGUUCAUAACGGGGAGUACACGUGCACUGCUGAAAACCCUGCCGGAGUAGCGAAUUAUACAGCCACGUUGACUGUCAACGUUCCCCCACGCUGGAUCGUCGAACCUACAGACAAGGCAUUUGCUCAGGGUAGCGAAGCUAAAAUCGAAUGCAAAUCUGAUGGCUUUCCAAAACCUCAAAUUUCCUGGAAAAAAGCUCCAGGAAGCACACCCAACGAUUACAGGGACAUCCGUUCCAAUAACUAUGUUCGCAUCGAAGAUGGUACUUUAUCCAUUGGCAAUAUUCAGAAAUCCAGCGAAGGUUAUUAUCUUUGCGAAGCGUCCAAUGGUAUCGGUGCUGGUCUGUCGGCUGUCAUCUUCGUCAGUGUUCAAGCUCCACCCCAGUUUGAAAUCAAAUUCAAGAAUCAAACAGCUCGUCGAGGAGAGCCAGCCGUCCUUCAGUGUGAAGCUAAAGGCGAGAAACCCAUUGGUAUUCUGUGGAACAUGAAUAGCAAACGUCUUGAUUCGAAGAGCGAUCCCAGAUACACGAUUCGCGAAGAGAUUCUACCUACUGGAGUUUUGUCUGACUUGAGCAUCAAAAAGCUGGAACGAACAGAUUCUGCUCUGUUUACUUGCGUGGCAACCAAUGCAUUCGGCAGUGACGACACUAGUAUCAAUCUUAUCGUUCAAGAACCACCUGAGGUCCCGUUCGGUGUUAAAGUAUUGGACAAGUCAGGACGUUCCGUCCAGCUUUCUUGGUCUGCUCCUUACGAUGGCAAUUCACCACUCACUCGCUAUCUGAUCGAAUACAAAAUCAGCAAAGGAGAUUGGCAAGCGGAUAUCGACCGAGUCUUAGUACCAGGACAACAAACUGUUGCGGGAGUCUACAAUUUGGUUCCAGCCACCACCUACCACUUCCGACUUGUAGCCGAAAACGACGUAGGAUCUUCCGAUCCUUCUGAAACUGUCACCAUCAUCACCGCCGAAGAAGCACCGGGAGGCACCCCACGCGGAGUCAAAGUUGAAGUAGUUGACCAGAACACUCUCAAAGUCUCAUGGAAACCACCUCCUAAGGAACACUGGAAUGGCGAGAUCCUCGGCUACUACGUCGGCUACAAACUGGCCACGUCUGACAAACCAUAUCUUUUCGAAACAGUUGAAUUCAGCCGAGAACUGGGCAAAGAGCAUCAGCUAAACAUUUCACAUCUCAAAAUGUACACACAAUAUUCGGUGGUUGUUCAAGCCUUUAAUCGCGUCGGUGCCGGACCUAUGUCUGAAGAAGUGAUUCAGCACACGGGUGAAGGAACGCCAGAGCAGGCUCCUCAGGAUGUGACUUGCACAGCUUUGACUUCUCAAUCUAUUCGUUUGUCAUGGUCCUCACCUUCUUUAACAACAGUGAAUGGAAUAAUUAAGGGUUACAAGGUCAUUUACGGACCGAGCCAAAUCUGGUUUGACGAAACCAGCAAGGAUGCCAAGAUUAUUACUACCAGUGAGACUAUCCUACACGGAUUGCGUAAAUACACCAACUACAGCAUGCAAGUGUUGGCUUUCACCUCUGGUGGUGACGGUGUCAAGUCCACACCUGUCUCCUGUCACACGGAACAAGAUGUUCCCGGAUCUCCAUCGGCUGUCAAAGCCCUUUUGAUGACUCCGGAUUCGAUUCUAGUUAGCUGGAAGGCACCGGAAUUGCCUAAUGGAAUCGUCAAUCAGUACACUGUUUACAUUCAAGAGGGAACGGAGGAUGCUCGUAGUCAGAAAGUGUCGGCGUCUCAACUGAAUUAUGAAGCCAGUGGACUGAAAAAGAAGGAACGUUACAAUUUCUGGGUAACGGCUUCCACCAAUGUUGGAGAAGGAGAGCCAUCUAAGACAGUUACAAUUGCUCCUGGGACCCGCGUUCCGGCAAAGAUCGCAUCAUUUGACAACACGUUCAGCGUCUCGUACCGCGAAGAUGUUAAGCUACCGUGUCAGGCCGUUGGUGCUCCAUUGCCUGAGAUCCAGUGGAAAAUCAAAGGAACCCCUUAUGCUGCAUCCGAACGCAUUCGUCUACUGCCUGAAGGGUCUCUCCUCGUGCGCGAAGUCACUCGUGACGAUGCUGGAGAGUACACGUGCACUGUCGAGAAUAUGUAUGGCCAAGACACCGUCACUCAUCAACUCCAAGUUCAAGCUCCUCCAUAUCCGCCUCACUUGUCUCUGGCGUCUACUACUACUACGUCAAUCACGAUCAAGGUGAAACCACGUAAGGAAGAGGAGACACCCAUCCACGGAUAUACCGUCCAUUAUAAACCCGAGUUUGGCGAUUGGGAGACGACACAAAUUGGCAACUCUCUUCAAGAUUAUACUAUUGAGAAUCUUUGGUGUGGUACCCGCUAUCAACUUUAUGUCAGAGCGUACAACGGAAUCGGAACGGGAGAGGGAUCAGACGUCAUCAACACCCGCACCAAAGGAUCAGCCCCAGCUGUACCGGAUGCUAACCGAUUUAUCGAAGGUUCGGCAAGCAGUGUCACGCUUCAUCUCAGCGCCUGGUCGGAUGGUGGUUGCCCAAUGCUUUAUUUCGUAGUUGAAUAUCGCGGAAAGGGAAAUCAAGACUGGACUUUGGUAUCGAACAGCGUAAAGCCUGGUGGCAACUUCGUCGUGCUUGAUCUUAGCCCAGCCACUUGGUAUAAUCUUCGUGUGACGGCUCACAACAACGCGGGUUCGACAGUGGCUGAAUAUGAGUUUGCCACCCUAACCCUUACCGGAGGAACAAUUGCACCCGCUAGAGAAACGUCAGAAAAGGAAAAUCCUCUGCUAGCAAUGUUGAUGAAUUUGAAUUUGGUCGUUCCAGCCGCCGCAGCCAUUCUUGUCAUUAUUGCCGCCAUAGUCGUCAUCUGUGUCAUCAAAGGCCGCAACAAUGGCCAUAAAGAUGAUGUCAUCUAUAAUCAAGCUUCUGCUGGAAACGCGACCAUGAAACGCAAUGGUGGUGACAUGCGUGAUGAGCUUGGCUACAUUCCGCCACCUAAUCGCAAACUUCCACCGGUGCCCGGAACUCAAUACAACACUUGCGAUCGGAUUAAACGCGGUCACGCAGACUGUCAUGCCUAUCGGACGCUGGACCCACGCCGACCUGUUUAUGACGAACUGUCAAUUCACCCACCUCCGCGCCGGAAUGUUGGGGUUCCCGGUGAGGAGGUAAACCAGUCUGGGGCUUCGUUGUAUGCAGGCAUGGACGAUGAAAUUUGCCCUUACGCCACGUUCCAUCUACUUGGCUUCCGCGAAGAAAUGGAUCCCAACAAAGCUGGAAAUCAAUUUCAGACUUUCCCACAUCCCAACGGUGGUCAGCCUCCCCAGCAAGACAUGAAUCAUCACCGACAAGCUUCUCAGUCGAUGCCCCGUCCUGGAAACCGAAUGAUGCGAAUGCCUAACGGCGCAACCUACGCUCCUGAGAACUGCUACGACGAUCCUGCCAACUGUGACAUGUACGGAGGAGCCGAAAGCAAUAGCUACGCUUCUUAUACCAACACCAAUCCACCUCUGCCACCCCCUGAUUUCGGUACUAGCCCAACCCAAAAUACCAUGUUGGCCCGACGCAGUGUCAACGGACAGCAGUUGCGUGGAAACGGAACCAUGAAUUUACCUUUACCACCGUAUCCGGAUCCUCCCCAGCCACCUUUACCUCCUCCCCGCACCGGAAACGAUUCCGCCAAUGUGUCUAGCUCUUCCAACAACGAUUCGACUAUCAGCGCUGAAAUCUCCGAAGCCGAAUGCGAUCGCGAACACUUGGUCAAUCGUAAUUAUGGCGUCGGCAUCCGGACCAUGAACAGCAAGGAUGGGAUGAGUAUGGAAGAAAUGCGGAAACUAAUUGAAAAGAGCUCGAAUGAAGGUGGGGCCCACGUCACUAAUGGUCUGAUUGCAUACGACACCGUCAAUGUCUGAGGAACCGAAGAAAUAAAGAAGGAUCUGAGAUAACCUAAUAGGUUGACAAUGUUAUCAUCUGCGUGGUGCUUCAAUUAUCUAUUCUGAUUGUCCCCUCAUGCAUACCAACAUCUACAGUUAAUCUUGCUUCGUGAUUUCGUCAACGCUUUCUUUUUUCAAUUACUUUUUCCUUAAAUAACGAUUAUUGCAUGUUUUAACACUUUUUCGGGGGGGGGGGGAUUUAAUAUCUCAUCUAGAACAACCACUAAGAUCUGAAAUGAUGUUGACUUUCUGUAGUUUUGUGUUUAGAAAAGCCAGUCCACACAUAUACCCCAACCCUUAUCCCUUGUAAAUGAGUGUAGCGACAUCAAACGCAGCUCGAUUUUUUACAUCCUUUUUUUUUUUUUUUCCAUUUGACGAUACGGUACGUUUCCUCUUCCUUUAUUGAGUUUGAAUUUUUCCGCUGACAAGUUUGCCUGUAGGCUUUCAGUCAGUGCUCAAAGUUGUACAUCUAAGUACCGUUGGUUGAUUUAUUGGUUUUCUUCAUACUCUUAAUAAUUAAAAUCGCUUCCUAUGGCGUUAUUUCAUUACAUUGUUAGCGCAGCCGAGUCUGCGCCCAGUAAAACUUUUACUUUCGCUCGCUAUAUUUCCUAGCUUAUUCGCUUUUGAUGUCCUCGCAUAAGACAGUGAAAUCUGUUUAAACCUUUUCAAUCGCUGAUCAAUGUCUAAACGGUUAAAAUCGAAGAACGGCUAUCCCUGGAAUAACGGAAAACUUCGUACAGUGGCGGGCGGUUUAGCAACCCUUUCGUAUUGUGCUUGUCUUCUUAUUACUUUAUAAUUAGAAAAACUUAAAAUUGUCUCCCUCAUGCUUAUGAUAUCCCUCACUCUUAUUUUCCCUUUAUUUUUGAUUGUAAAUUCGUGUAAGUUACUAGUCAGUAAGAAAGGGACGUAGACUUACAGAGUGCAGUAGACUAGUGACUCUUUUUGGACAACAUGAAAAGAAAAAAAAAAACAUACAAUAACGACUGGAUUCUGAUUAAUCGAAGAUAAAGUUCGAAGGCAUAGGUUUUAGUAACUGAUGUGCAUGGAAAAGUGCUGUACUCGUUGGAUUUAAACAAGAAUCUCGGAAACCGUGAGGAUUAUUAUUGGUUCAAUACAAUGCUCUUCGUCCGUGUCCCUAAAA